AUGACAGGAGCCGCCGCCAAGACCUCUUCGUCCGCCGACGUGGGCGGCAUCGAGUCGUCGGUCAAGGAGAACAAGCGCGAUGCUGCGCAGACCGCCGAGAAGAACGCCGCCGAGGAGCUCGCCGAUGAGGACGAGGACGAUGAGGACGAUGAAGACUUUGAGGAGGACGACGACGAAGAGGAAGGCGACUACGAGGAGGACGAGGAGGAAGAGGAGGGAGAUGUCGACGAGGACGACGAGGCGGUGGUAGAGGGCAACGACGACGAGGUGGACGACGAUGCCGAGGAGGAGGCGCAAGAUGAAGACGAAGUUGAGGGCGGAGAAGACGAGGAGGAAGAGGAAGACGAGGAUGAGGAGGAGGACGAUGCCGCUACGGGUAGCAAGAGGAAAGCCGACGACGAGGGCAACGACGACGAUGGAAAGGCUGCUAAGACCGACUAA